AUGUCCAUUAAAGAGGUUUGGAGGAAGAACUUUUCGUGGGAAAUACAAAGAUUUGAUAGUGUAAUGUACAACUACCCGUAUGUGGCCUUUGAUACCGAAUUUACCGGUUUCUGGCAUGUCACGCCACGGAAUUCUUCGGAGCAUCAACUAUACGAAGAUCUGAAAUACAAUAUUGAUAGGAUGUCAUUGACCCAAAUAGCUUUUACGUUAUUGGACGGAAAUGGGAAUACCGGGGGUACAUGGCAGUUUAACUUCCGAAAAAGUCCGGGUAUUAGUUUCAAAAAGAAUCAGCAUGGAGGAGAAGGGGUUGACAUGAACAUUUUCGCAACGAAGUUGAAGAGUAUAGUCAGGUCUCAUGAUGGCAUACAAUGGAUCACGUUCCAUGGAUUAUAUGAUAUGGCCUAUAUGGUAAAGCUCGUAACUAAUGGUCCAUUGCCGAAUUCAUCUUUGGAGUUCAGCAAAAGCAUCGCUAAUGUUCUAGGUCGCGUAUAUGACCUCAAGUGUAUGGCACGGUAUUGUGAAGGAUUGCAAGGGGGUGAGAUUGGACUACAGAAAAUGGUCAACAAUUUGGGAGUACGACGUUUGGGGUUGGCACAUCAGGCUGGCUCGGAUAGUUUUUUGACGGCCAGGCUAUUCGUGAAGUUGAAGGAGGUAUAUGCAUUGGAUGAGGAAUGGUAUGUAGGUUAUCUGUAUGGGAUCUGUGCUAAGAUUGAGAGGACAAAACUAGUUACUGUUCAUCCCUCACUACACUAUUUUCAACCAUUUAGUCGUUGCUCGUCAUCAGCAUAUUCGAUUUGUGGAGCAUUUAAUCAAUUGUGUAUUUAG